AUGUCUCAGCUGAUGAAGCUAUCUCUCGCCCAAGCAGUUCCUAUGGCACUCAAGGCUUUUGUUGAGAUAGGAAUACCAGAUAUUCUUCUCGAGGCGCCCAGUGAUGGUUUGACCAUCAAUGCCAUUAUUGAACAGUUGAAGGAUAAACCGGAGGUUCAUCAUGAUUCACUAUCGCUGACGCUUCGGAUCUUGAGCACAGUCGGCAUUGUGGUGGAGGAAUCCGCCGUGGCCCCAACGUACCAUCUUACAGUGAUGGGGAAGUUACUCACAAAAUCACACCAAAGCUCCCUUGAUCCUAUGAUUCGCUACUUCCUGGACGAACCACUUUGGAACGCAUGGGGUGCGCUUCCAUCCUAUAUGCAAGCACAACAACAAACGACCCCCUUUGAAUCUGCCAAUGGCAUGCCGAGUCAGCAGUACUACAGCAUGCCAGAACAUACCUCAUCCUUGAAGCACGCCGGUAGCUUUGUGAGUUUCGUGUCACAGGAAGAAACGCGGGCUUGUGUGGAAGGGUUUGACUGGGCAACACUCAACAGCAAGACCAUUGUAGACUUGGGUGGCCAUUCAGGACAAGUCAUGAGAGCAGUUGGAGCCAAAUUCCCGUCGCUGAAAUGCAUUUGUCUGGAUUUACCAGAAGUUAUAAAAAAGAAUUGUGCUAGUAGUAUGGAAACCGAAAAGAAUGGGGCUGUGGUCCAACUGGUGGGCGGAGACAUGUUUGAUCCUGCAACAAUCCCACCGUGCGACGCCAUUUUCAUGAAACACGUUGUACUCUGCGAUUGGAAUGAAGCAAAAUCUCGCGCCAUUAUGAAGUCGUGCCACGAGGCACUGCCACCGAGUGGACUAGCAAUAAUUGCCGAAGCUGUGCUUCCAAGCCCAGGAUCGACCAAUGGGCAGGAAUCGCUUUCUCUUUUGGUGGACUAUUUCAUGACUUUGGAUGGAAGAAGUCCAAGCAAAACAUCGCAGGAAUGGCAGAGUUUUGCAGAGUCAACUGGCUUCAAAGUGCUCAGUAUCCAGCACACAUCAUUACCAACUUGCUCUAUCCUUGUAUUGCAGAAACAAACCAUCAAGGAAGCCUAG